UUGAACCGACUACCCGAAAUAUUUGCAAACCACCAACCGAACGUGAACCGUCCACAAUGGAUAAUCGAACUGAUCGAUUCUAUUCAAUUUAAUCGGUUUAACCCAUUUUAUGCUGAUCCUUAAUUUCAAAGCAAUUGGAAUCAAGAACAUAGAAUUUUUCCCGAGAUGCCAUUUGCAAGUGAAAUUACAAAACCUUGCGCCGCGCGCUGCGCAGAAGAGUCGGAGAGAGACAGACAGAAGAGACGCACAGAAGAAAAGAAGAAUGGAGAAGGAUGAGAAAUCCAGCGAUACGGCAAACAUCACCAUCAAAUUCAGCGGUCAAUCCAUACCUAUCUCUCUCUCGCUGGAAUCUACCAUCCGAGAUCUCAAGUCGCUCCUUCAACCCCUCACCAACGUCCUUCCCCGCGGCCAAAAGCUCAUCUUCAAAGGAAGAAUUCUGGACGAUCACGUCACAUUGAGGUCGUCGGGGGUGUCGGAUAGGGCCAAGAUCAUGCUCGUGGCCUCCCAGGGUUUACACCAAGGGGAUGGUCCUAUUAGCAGGUUGGCCAAUGCAAAUCGGGGCAAAAAGAAUGAGAAGAGCGUUGCUGUUGGAAAGAGUCACUUUGAGCGUUGGAAAUCUACUGGUGUCUUUGCAUUAUCUGGAUGCAACUUGACGGCCAUACCCGAUGAAUUAUGGACUUGUGGACCUUAUGCUAGAGUACUUGAUCUCAGCCACAACUCUCUACAAGACGUACCAGCUUCAAUUGGUUUGUUAUGUUAUUUGGAGAGACUGCUGCUGAAUGCAAAUGAAAUAUUGGAUGAUUUCAUUAGCUGGGAAGGAUUAACAUCUCUGAAGUCUCUAACUGUUUUAUCAUUAAGCCAAAAUCACUUAAAAAGUUUGCCUUCUGCCCUGGGCUCUUUAUCUUGUUUGAGGGAGCUUGAUGUUGCAAACAACAACAUAACAUGUCUCCCAACCGAAAUAGGGUGUCUGACUCAGCUUCAAGUUUUGAAAGCCAACAAUAAUAGGUUGUACAAUGUUCCUGCUAGUAUAGGGGAAUGUACUGCUCUUCUUGAGGUUGACCUUAUGGCAAAUCUUCUGGUGGAGUUGCCAGAGACAUUUGGCAAUUUACAGAAUCUGAAGGCUUUAUAUUUGAGUAACAAUGGACUCAAAGCCCUUCCUCCUACACUGUUCAAAAUGUGCACCCAGCUUUCUACCCUGGAUCUCCAUGGGACUCAGAUCACCAUGGAUAUGCUCCGCCAGUGUUUUGACAGUUUGAAGGUUGGGAAGAUUUUGAUACACGUCGGCGCCUAAAACUUAAAAAGCAACUGGAUUUCAGAGUUGGGGGAUCUGCUAAAUUUGACGAGGGUGCUGAUAAAAGCUUUUGACAGGAUAAAGAGCGAGCUUGGGAAGAAGAUAAGCCACCCAUUGAAUUUCGGAGUAGAACAGCAUUUGAAAUGAGUUCCCCCGAGAGAGAGAGAGAGGAGGGUGGGGGGGGGGAAUUGUCUCCAAAUCCUCUUGUUGUCUGUAACGGCCAUGAUAGUUAAAUCCUUUACCAUUUACGCAUUUACGUGAUCAAUGAGAAUGUUUUUGUAACGGUAGCCCAUAUGGCGGGCGUAUUUCUCUAA